AUGGAGGCUUGGGAAGAGAAAGACGACGCUACCUUAUGGAGCCUAAGAGGACUCAUAGAUCUCUGUGCAAUCAAGGUAGCUGUAAGGCUUUGCAGGCCUAGACACUGUGUGUUGGAUAGGUUCAAGAUUUUGGUAUCCGCGAAUGACCACAAGGUCAAGAUUACACGAAACAAAGCAUACACUGGUUUACCCAAGACAGAGCUAUCAUGGAAGCAGGUAAUAGAGAGUCUUCACAUAGCGUGUAGGGUUGGUAAUCUAGAGCUUCUCUCAACGCUUAUCAGCACAGGUGCCAAUAUCAAUGGCACUGAUAGUGACUCAAUGAUAGCUCUUCACAUAGCAACUAGCAAAGGAAAAGUGGAGAUUUGUGACUAUCUCAUACAAAAAGGAGCUAUUAUCGAUGUACUAGAUAAAAAGGGCCAAACCCCACUUAUGCACGCUGUGAAGUCCAAGGAACCAAAGCUAAUGAAUGGUGAAGUUGAAUGUCUACUAGCUCAUUCACAUGGUGAAGUUGCUUACUCAUUAAGCUGGUUGCAGGUUGUGAAGAUGCUAGUAAGUGCUGAUGUAUCUAUGAUCAACAACAAGGAUGAAGAAGGCUGGACUGCUCUUCACUUUGCUGCUAGCAAUGGGUGCUUGGAGAUCACUAAGAUCUUAAAGACAUAUGGGGAAACACUAGAGAUCACUGACAAGGAUGGAUACACGCCCUCUGAAAUUGCAGCAAGGAGAGGAAAGAUGGAAGUUUAUGACUACCUAGUUGAAAAAAAAAAAAUUGAUAUCUUCACCUACAGUUAUGAUCCUGAUUUGACUCACCCUUAUCAAGAAAUGGAUACAUCUGAUGUAGCUCAAUCUGUUGCUUUCCUAGUAUCCUCUCCAUCUGCCAUCAAUACUCACACUAUGGUGACAAGAGAAAAGGCUGGAAUCAGCAUACCAAGAAAUGGAUACAUCUGA